AUGCUUUCUAAUUGGUUAUCUUCUUGGUAUCAACAAAAUGAGCAACAACAACAACAACAACAACGUCAAUCACAACAAGAAUCGUCAUUUCAGCACAUUGAACAGACAGUGGGAGAAGGAGAAGAGGAUUGGGUUCAGGUCAUUACACCGUCCAUUCGGCAGCAAAAACCAACCAGCGAUACAGUUGCCAUGGUACCACAUUCUGUAACUACGAUCGCAGAUAGCAACAUGACAUCCGCUACUGCUUCUGCUACUGCUUCUGCUGCUACCAGUGCAACAUCUGCCAGCAUAUCCAAUGCUUCAUCAAAUAAUGAUGGUAAUAUAAAGGGGUUAUCUAGACAAGAGAGACGGGCCAAGGCAAGAUUUGCUGUUCGAGAGAUGAAGAAGCAAGCGCGCAAUGCAGCCAUGGUAACUGGUCGUAAUAAGAAAGGAUUGGCUUCAUCUACAUGCUUGCCUGCUAGCCCCAUCACUGCAUAA